UUCGCCGUUCACUAAAGACGUUUCCUUGCACAACUAAAUCAUGUAAUAUAUCGCAAUCUUUAUGAAGUGUCGCCUCAAUUAAUUGAUAAGAUGUUAGUCAUGUGUUGCAAAUGGGAGUUGACAGGGAUUAUUGUCAUCCUUGUGUAUCUUCAGGGUGUUGCUGGUUUCUUUGUGAAACAUAUCAAGACAGGAAUGUGUAUCAAUGACACAGCACGAAUACAGUCAGAAGGCGCGCUCUGGGGCAACGUAUCUUUUCUUGAACUCUCCAACAACUGUCUGGAUCCAGCUGCUCAGUUUCGGUUUCGUGGUAAUGGCGCCAUGUUGAAUUUAAAAAGACAAGGAUGUCUUGUUAUAUUUCAUAAAAAGAAUCAAGAUGUAAUAUUUUACGUCUACGUUCCUGCCACCCCAGAAAUUAAAAAAUCAUCUGCCUGUGCUAACAAACGGGUUAUAGAACAAACGUCUUGGGGAGGUUUACGUGGCUUUUAUAAUUCUGCAGCCAGGUGUGCAGACCCUGAUGGAUACAUAAACACGACCACAAGCUGUUUAGACGGGGAGAAUAAACGUUUUAUUUUUGGUUCAGUGACAUGUUAUGGAAAAACUACAGAGAAUGCCGCCUGUCCUAAAGAUCAGUCCAUGGUGGUCAAAACUGCAUCUUACCGUGGAUUGUCUGACUCAAAGACAUGUGGUUUGAGUGAUGAUUAUAGUUGUACAGUUGAUGUAACAUGUCUUGUUAAGAAACAAUGUGAUGGUCAACAUGAGUGUAAAAUAACUGUGAAUGAAACCUUGUUCUCUGAUGAUCUGUGUCCUGGAUUGAAAAAAUAUCUUUACUUUGAAUAUCAAUGUAUUGAUAAAUCAAAACAAUACUCAUUAUGUGUGGAUAACGUGCAUUUGUCUGACUCAUCUCUACCAAAAGAGGGUUUUAUACAAAUAGAUGAGAAUUAUAAUGGAACCAAGACAGUUUGUUGGCAGAGUUUAAAGAACAACGCCAAGGAUGUUGUUUGUCGUCAACUGGGUUAUACACGAGCAUCCUCUGUCCUUAAUAAGACUGCUAUGUCUAGCACGAAAGAAGUAUUUUCUGGAAGCAUUGACUGUGAUGGCAAAGAGCAUCACUUGUCUCAAUGUUCACUUACAAAUUCUCAAAAAAGCUGUUCAAAGCUCUCUUACAUCAAAUGUCAUAUUUGCAACAAUCCUUUGUUAGAAGACAAAGAAAGAUUUCCAGAUUCGUCAUUCACUGCCUCAGUUUCUUCAGAAGGUCACAGAGCUUCUGAUGCAAGGAUAUCUAGCGGUAGUUCUUGGUGUGCUCCUGUCUCAGAUGAUAAACAUUAUCUUCAAGUGGACCUAGGAAGACUUUAUGUGUUAUAUGCUAUAGCGACAUUUGGCGAUACCACUGGCUCUAAAUGGUUGACAUCAUUUAACCUUCAUUACACUGUUGACCUGAUAAACUGGAGACGAGUACAAAACGGGACGAUAUUUCAAGGCAACAAGAAUGCUUUCAAUGACGCAGCCAUAAGAAGUUUAAAUGACACAACAACAAGAGCUUUACGGUUUAUGCCAUUAUCAACUGCAACUCAACCUUGUAUGAGAAUUGAGAUUUGUGGUCGCAGCUUAUAUCCAGACCAACCUAGAAACAUUACUUUCGUGAACAUAAAGUCACGAAGUGCUGAAAUAUCGUGGCAAGAUCCUGAGAAUGAAGGAUUUACUGCUGUCUCACGAUAUUGGAUCAAAUUGAAGAAGAAUGAUAGCAUUCUCGUGUUGAAUAUCACCACAGAAAAUAGAAUGAACUAUCAAAUAGAUAAGCUCACUCCAUUCACAAACUAUAAAAUAUAUUUAGCUGCUGGAAAUAACGAUGGUUUUAGUAAAGAGAUUGAGAUUAUGUUCUCCACACGUCAGGACGCUCCAGAAGGUCCUCCACUGAACGUCAAAGUCACUGCAGAAAGUUCAUCCUCACUAUCAGUCACGUGGGAUCCUCCUGAAGAAGAGAAAAGAAAUGGCGUGAUCGUCAAUUAUACUGUGUGUAUCUCACAUGAAGAAACUAAACCUUGCUUUAAAGAACAUACUACAAAGAUGAUGAUGUUAGUCAUCGACAAUUUGAAUGCAUCAACCAAAUAUUUUGUUCGUGUUCUUGCAAGUACUAAAGUUGGUCGAGGAAACUACAGUAAAAGUCAGGGAAUAUUUACAAAUGGAGAAGGAACAAAGAUGGCCACAAAUAGAACAGAAACUACAUUAACUUUCUCGUUACAAAUCCCUUCAGAAAAUUUUACGUAUUUUUACGUAGUAGCUUUGAAACUGAGAAAAAGCAGCGACAGUCUUCGACCAUCCAGCAGUUACAAUGAUCUAGUGACGUACAAAGAAGCUAAAACGUCAGCUGAACCAAAACCUUAUAUUGCUGCCGUCAUAACAAGCAGAAAUAAAACCAUGUUUAUACUUGGUGAUGGUGGAAAUACAAGUUUUCAAACAACACGAAAACGAAGGUCAACAACAAAUGAUUAUUAUAAUGGACCACUGGAGUCUGGAGCGAGUUACAGUAUUUUUCAAAGGAUCUUUCUUGAUGACAAGGGUGAAUUUUACUCCACGGAUUGGAGCCCUGCUUCAGCAACAGUCACAACAAGCAAUCCCACAACAAGCACAAAGAGUGAAGAAAGCAAUAAUAUUCCAAUGAUUGCUGGUGCAGUGGCUGGUGGUUGUGUUCUUUUCAUCCUGGUUAUAGUUGUGAUCAUUCUGUAUAGAAGACGCAAGAGCAAGAAAGAUUCAGAACCAUAUUUUGAAAUGGAAGAGAAACCAAAAGUUGCUCCACCUGCGAUCAACGAAGCAUAUCUUGAUUCUAACGACAGAUAUCUCGGUCCCAACAGCUCUACUGAAGUACAACCGAACCCCACCGUUGCAGAUGAAGUAGAUGCGGGUAAUCCAGUAGAGGAGAAAAAGAUAGAUCCUUCAAAUCUUGCUGCUGCUAAUAAAAAUAUCUAUGAUAACCAAGAAGCUGUUGUUGCGAGGAUUCAUAAUCCUGUUCCUGUUGACGAAUUCAGUGAUCACGUGAACAACCUGAGACAAAACGAUAGAAAAGGUUUCAAGCUGGAAUUUGAGGAUUUGCCAAAUGCGAACAUUUCCAACGGAGAUAUUUCAAAACGAGCGUUUAAUCGACCGAAAAACAGAUACGGCAACGCAGUCACAUAUAAUGAUUCUCGUGUCAUUUUGUCUGGUGACGAAAAAUCAGAUUACAUCAAUGCUUCGUACAUCAACGGAUUGGUAGCGAAAUAUUACAUCGCCACACAAGGACCAAAACCAGCAACAGUGAAUGAUUUCUGGAGGAUGAUUUUUGAACAAAAAUGUCCAACAAUUGUCAUGUUGACCACAUUGAAAGAAAUGGGAAAGGUAAAAUGUGAGAAAUACUGGCCCGAUGACUCUGGUUUGUAUGGAGAUAUCAAAGUGACAGCCAAAGAAACAAGAACAUUUGCUGACUACGUUACUCGCCUAUUCACUGUUGAGAAGGGGGGUGACCAACACAGAGUUCAACAGUUUCACUUCAAAGCAUGGCCAGACUAUGGUGUUCCUUACUAUCCAACACAGAUUUUAACUUUCAGAGGACAUUUCAAGUCUUUUCAUGAGACUAAAACUGAACCAGCUGUCAUUCAUUGCAGCGCCGGAGUUGGUCGAACAGGAGUGUUCAUUGCUGUGGACAAGAUUCUGGAUGAUCUUGACAAAGAAAAGGAAGAUGUGAUCGAUAUCUUUGGCUUUGUGAAAGACAUGAGAACAAGACGAAUGAACAUGGUACAAACUGCUGAUCAAUAUGUGUUUAUUCAUGAUGCAAUCGUUGAUCACAUCAAGUGUGGAGCGAAUGAAGUUCAAGCAACGCAUGUGAAAUUCGAGAUCAAGAAAUUAUCAGAGCAAACUAAGGAAGGCCAGACUGGAUUCGAAGAGAAAUUUAAGCGUUUGAACACAGUCUCACCGAAGUUGAUGGAAGAUCAAUGCGAAGCAGGACUUUUGGAGGAGAACAAGAAAAAGAAUCGAAAGGAACACAUUUAUCCAUCUGAGUCUGGUCGUGCUUGUCUGAGUCAUCUUGAAAAUGUCGCGAAUUCGGAUUAUAUAAAUGCUUGUUUUGUCGAUGGUUAUCUUGGCAAGAAUUAUUUUAUUGCUACACAAACACCUCUGAAGGAGACGAUUAACGACUUUUGGAGGAUGGUGACAAAAUAUUGUUCGUCAACAAUCGUCAUGUUGAAUCAGUUGGGUGAAGACGAGGAAUACCCAAUGUUUUGGCCAACCCAGAGAGCUAAACCACAGUCAUUUGGAACCACCACAGUAAUGUUGGAUUCUUUCGUCAAAAAAGAAAAUAUUGUUGUUAGAAAAUUCAUCGUUUCACCCUCAGCGGAUUUGAAAAAUGGUCACAUGGUAAGAUUGGUUCAGUACAUGACGUGGCCAGACCAUGGAGUACCAGAAAAUGUUAACGAUAUUGUGAAACUUUUGUCUGAAGUUGAAGACGCAAAAAGAGCAGCAGAAAAGAAGGGACCAAUCAUUGUUGUUUGCAGCGAUGGUGCUGGAAGAAGUGGAACGUACAUUGCAAUUUCUAAUCUUGUGGACAGAGUGAAAGUUGUUCAAGUCAUUGACGUCUUUCAGUGCAUCAAAUUGAUCCGUGCAAAGCGUCCACAGUUCGUUGAGACCGCGACUCAAUUCAAGCUCUGUUAUGAAGCCGUUUCAGCUGUUUUGAAUUCCUUUAAUGAAUACUCAAACUUUGGUAAUACUUAAAGAGUAACUAGGCUAGUUAUAUGUAUUGGAGUCACUAUACCACAAAGAUCACUUACAUUGCAUCAUUUAUAACCCAAAUAACUUGUACAGUUAAACAUUUUAGUCCGUCAAACUAGUAUAUAAUUCUGAACCAUUUCCGUACGUAGACGACGUUAAAUUUAUAGGCAUCUUCCACGAGUAACUUAUUAAUUAAAAAUAGCACAACAUAUGCCAGGCAUUAUAACAUUAAGAAUGAUAGAAUGAAUAUUCUACGACAGUUGCAUGUAACCUUUCUUGAGGCAAGAGAAUCCAGAGGGUUUAUCGGUUUAAUCAAACCUCGUAAGUCGUAACACAAGAUAUAGUUCGCUGUUCGCAUUGUAUUCACUAUAUAGCGCCAUAAUAUAAUUAUAUAAACGUACCACUAAAUUAGAAUAAAAAAUUG